UAUGGUUUCAAAUAACUCAUUAUGGCGGAUGAUUCGGAUGUCGACAAUGAGCUGGAGAAAGAAUCUGUUAAAAAAGGGCGGAGAGCAAAAGCGGCAAUACAAAAUAAAAAAGAAGUGACAUGUGAAGAUGGUAAUUCCCAGGACUCUUUUGAGGGUAAAGAAUGCAAUGGUUUUCCUGGACGCAGAAUAGCUGAUUGGAAUGAGAUUAACGUUCCGCAUGGUGUUUCUUUUGGAAGGAGAGCUCAAACGAAUUUACAGAAUAUCUGUGACCUAUCACAAAAACAGGAAUCCGAUGAAGAACUCGAAAUCCCUAUAAUUCCCGAUGUGUGUAGCGCCGAAGAAAGUGUUGUCGAUUCCAAAUCUGCAGUUCCUCCAAAGUUUUUCCAACUAUCUGGAUUAUAUAUUGAAUCAUGCUUAUUGCAUAUGCUCAACAUUGAUUUGUUAACAAUGCUUCAGUUAUCAGUGUCUCCCUUCUUCAUCGUGUUGUGUAGUCAUGUGUGAUCACAUGCAUCACGAUGGCUGGUCUUUUCCCUAUGUUUUUAAAAAUCUUAUUAGGGUCUACUCUUUCAGAUUGGUCACGUACUUUUACUUUUAUGUGUAACUGAGCCCGGUCGACCACUCUGACUGCUAUAGUUGAGCUCACAUUCAUUGCGUAAACUAAAUUAUCCUGUCUGAUGGAUUGUGUAAGAUCUUUUUCCCUAAAAAGCGUCUCAGUGAGUUUUGAUUGGCACCCUAAUCCUACCCAUUUUAAUAAACCUGCUUAAACUAUCUGGGGCGCCUUCCUUAUAUAUUGACGCCGUAGAGGUUUUGAAUUCUAGUUUCUUAGUGUUUCCUAAACUAGUAUGUAUGUCAUCUAUGCCCAUGUUACUCGUCUUUUUCUUUCAGUUUCUUAUAAGAAAUUAAUACCUUUGGUAUGGAUCUCGACAAUCAAUUCAUUUUGAAACACCACCCAGUGAAUAAUAUCUUUCUACUGUAUGAAAUGUCCAACAAAACAAAUUAAUGUAGAAUCUCCUUUGUUGUUCUUCUUACUAAUUUGGAUAUAAAUUCAAAAAUCUGAGGUCUCAAUUUUUUCGUCGUUUAUAGCUAUGACACUGCUAGGCUUGGUCAUUUUACAUAGAAAAUCUGAGAAAGUUUUUUGUAUAUAAUUGUAUUCAAAUCACAAAUGUGGCAAGACAUAAGCAAAGAGAGGUGUACAAUUGUUUUCCUGUUUGAACAACUAUGGACUCGUGCAACUGCUUACUCAAAGAAAAAAUGGUGAAGCUACUUAACUACGAUGAUAAAGAUAGCCGAUAUACGUAUUAUGCAUGCCAAAAAACUACUUUUUAGGAGCACUAUAUUAUGUAGAAUAAAAUAAGAAGGAAAAUAAUUGUUGGCAAAAAAUAGCGUUUACUUUAUUCUAACGUUUGACAGUUAGUGUGAAAAGGCGAUUUUCUUCAUUAUCUUCCUUAUUUGUUUUAUAUCUUCAGCGUAGUUAUAAACAGGAUUCCAUCAUAUCGUGAACUUAACCAGGAUCUAAUUAACCAUGGCACAAUUCCAGUGCUGGAUAGUGAUAUCAAUCUAAGUGUCCUAGAAAAGCAUCUAUUUUCUGAAGCUGAAUUGAAAGAAAAUGAUGAAACGUGGGAUUGGGAUCGUUUAUUCGCUGCUUUAGCUUGUAAUGAGUUUACAGGUGUAAAAUAACCUUUUCACCCCGAAGUGUCAGUCAUCUCUACUACUCGGUUUGGUUGGUGUUGUUGCAUUUCUUUCUUUAAAAUGCUCUGUAUCUUCUGCAUCAUUUCCUUAAGUUAGUGAUCCAGUUAAAUCACAUUAAUUGUAUAUAAGUACUUGGCACUAAAUAAAACGAACGGUUUCA